AUGGAAGAUAAUAGCAACAGUGGUGGUGGUGCUCAAAUGUGGGUAACCGGUAAAACGAAUAAUCAAUUAUUUCAAUGUUCAAAAACGGAACUGAUUUAUCUCUCUGGUAGUUUACAUAUUAUCGAUGUUGUGGCUAAAUCUUCCGAUAUGCAAACCAACGAUGUUGCGUUAUUCUGGUUAUUUUACACCUUUAUCUUCAAUUAUGAAAUUGUUAGGAUACUCGAUGAAGAUAUUCAGUACAUAAAUGAACGUUUACAAACCCAUGAAUAUAUGAAUAAAUUAGAUGCAUUGAACACAAUGUUGGAGUUAGAAAAUUAUUAUACAGGUAUAAAAAAUGGUCUACAUGGUCAACCUUCAGAAUGGAUUGAUAAAGCAUGGUAUCAACAUAUUCUAAAUACACAAAUGUAUUUUAACUUUACACAAUUAAUAUUUGGUUCUUAUUUACAUCAUAUACCAUUUUUGUUGGGUAAUCGUCAUAAUCGACAAAGAUUAUCAUCAGCCAGUUCAAUGCCAAUGUAUAUUCAAUUAAACAAUUUAGGAAUACAACACUUGAAUGAAACCGUAUAA